CAGCUUUGGGGUACCUCUGGUGAGCUCCCACAGUGCUGAGGUGCGCUGCCACACGUGGACAUCCACGGGUGCCUCUGUACCCUCGAUGCCAAGACCUCAGGCCCUCUGCCCCUCUCCCCCAUCCCUCCCAAAAUUGACCCCCAGCCAAGCAUGGCGGUGAGCCUGGGGGCUGGCUGCCUGCGGUGCUUCCCUGCCCACACCCCACGGGGGAGAAACCACGGGGAAGGAGGGACCUGUAGCAGUCCCAGCCCCUCCGUGGGAAGAGAGAGCAAAGCGUCCCCGCAGGGGGGGUCACCCCACGCCAGCUUUUACCCCCACACACACGCACACCUGCACCCACCGGCUGCUCACGGGUGCCAUCCUCAGCCGGGAAACAAAGCCCACGGGUGGAAGGGAUCCCCGCUGCCGGGCAGAGCCCCCCGGCCGGGCACCCUGGGUGCAGCGCCGGGUGCUGGGCGCUGGCUGCCGGUGCCGGGCGCUGCCGGCGGAGGCGGAGCGCGGCCGGUCCCUCCCCCGGGCAGUGCCCCGGGCCCGCCCCGCACGGCCCGGGAGGAGCCGCCGCGGGCACCGGCACCGGCACCGGCACCGGCACCGGCACCGGCACCGGCACGGCCAGGAGCGGCGGCAGCGGCGGCACCAUGGCCUCCGAGAGCGAAGCGCAGCGAGCGCUGCAGUAUGAGCAGACCCUGAUGUAUGGGCGCUACACGCAGGAAUUGGGCACCUUCGCCAAGGACGAGGCGGCCCGGCUGCGGCUGCAGCAGGGGCACGGGGAGGGGGACACCCUCCGGGCCCGCCGCCCCUCCGAGCUGCUGGAGUACACCCAGGGCCGCUGUACCCCCUGCCGCGUUUGCGCCUUGCAGUGCCGGCGGUUCUUCAUCUCCAAGGUGGGCGAGGACUGGGUCUUCCUCAUCCUCCUGGGGUUGGUCAUGGCGCUGGUCAGUUGGGCCAUGGACUUCGCCAUCGCCACCUGCCUCCAAGCCCAGAAGUGGAUGUACGGGGGCCUGGACACCAACGUGCUGCUGCAAUACCUGGCCUGGGUCACCUACCCUACCGUGCUCAUCACCUUCUCGGCUGGCUUCACCCAGAUCCUCGCCCCUCAGGCCGUGGGCUCGGGGAUCCCUGAGAUGAAGACCAUCCUGCGGGGCGUCGUGCUGAAGGAGUACCUCACCCUCAAGACCUUCGUGGCCAAGGUGAUCGGACUGACGUGCGCCCUGGGCAGCGGCAUGCCCUUGGGCAAGGAGGGUCCCUUUGUCCACAUCGCCAGCAUGUGCGCAGCCCUGCUCAGCCGCUUCCUCUCCCUCUUCGGGGGCAUCUACGAGAACGAGUCGAGGAACAUCGAAAUGCUGGCGGCUGCCUGCGCCGUCGGUGUCGGCUGCUGCUUCGCCGCCCCCAUCGGAGGCGUCCUCUUCAGCAUCGAGGUCACCUCCACCUUCUUCGCCGUCCGCAACUACUGGCGCGGCUUCUUCGCCGCCACCUUCAGCGCCUUCAUCUUCCGCGUCCUCGCUGUCUGGAACAAGGACGAAGAGACAAUCACAGCGCUGUUCAAAACCCGCUUCCGCCUCGACUUCCCCUUCGACCUGCAGGAGCUGCCCGCCUUCGCCGUCAUCGGGAUCGCCAGUGGCUUCGGGGGCGCGCUCUUCGUCUACCUCAACCGCAAGAUCGUGCAGUUCAUGCGUCGCCAGAAGACCAUCAACCGCUUCCUCAUGAAGAAGCGCCUGCUCUUCCCUGCCCUGGUGACGCUGCUCAUCUCCACGCUGACCUUCCCGCCCGGCUUCGGACAGUUCAUGGCCGGCCAGCUCACCCAGAAGGACACCCUGGUGACACUCUUCGACAACCAGACGUGGGCCAAGCAGGGGCUCAGCGACGAGUUUGAAUACUUGGGCAUCCUGGAGGCCUGGCGCCACCCGCGCUCCAACGUCUUCGUCACCCUUGUCGUCUUCAUCCUGAUGAAGUUCUGGAUGUCAGCCCUGGCCACCACCAUCCCAGUGCCCUGCGGAGCCUUCAUGCCUGUCUUCGUCAUCGGGGCAGCCUUUGGACGCCUGGUGGGGGAGAGCAUGGCAGCCUGGUUCCCCGACGGCAUCCACACCGACAGCAACACCUACCGCAUUGUGCCGGGGGGCUACGCCGUGGUGGGGGCGGCCGCACUGUCAGGCGCCGUCACCCACACGGUGUCCACGGCCGUCAUCGUCUUCGAGCUGACGGGGCAGAUCUCACACAUCCUGCCCGUUAUGAUCGCCGUCAUCCUGGCCAACGCCGUGGCCCAGAGCCUCCAGCCCUCCCUCUACGACAGCAUCAUCCGCAUCAAGAAGCUGCCCUACCUCCCCGAGCUGGGCUGGGGCCACCACGAGAAAUACAACGUGCGGGUGGAGGACAUCAUGGUGCGGGACAUCCGUUACGUCACCCUCAACUGCAAGUACCGGGACCUGCAGCACGUCCUGCACAGCACCAAGAUGAAGAGCCUGCCGCUGGUGGAGUCGGCCGAGUCCAUGAUCCUGCUGGGCUCCAUCGAGCGGGCGCAGGUGGGGGCCCUGCUCAGCCACCAGCUCAGCCCCCAGCGCCGGCUCCAGGCCCUGCGGCAGAAGGCGCUGGCCAACGACGGGCACCCGCUCGCCGACACCAGCAUCCGCUUCCAGAUCAGCACGGAGGCCUCCUCGGGCACCCCUGCCCGCGCUGCCCCCCGCAAACCCCUGAAGCCGGCGCUGAAGCGGGCGCCCAGCAGCCUGGCCGAGACCCCCCCGGGUGAGUCUGCACACGGCCCCUCCGGCCCCCCCUGCGCCCCCGCUGACACCCCCUCCCUGCCCGCAGCUGGGACUGCCGACCACACCGGCAUCGCCCUCAAGAGCCUCUUCUGUGCCAACACCACCGCAGAGCCCACCGAGGAGGAGCUGGACCCGGGUGACAGGAUGACCCCGGCAGAGAUCCUGGAGUGGGAAGAGCAGCAGCUGGACCAGCUGGUGGACUUCAGCAGCGCCAAAAUCGACCCCGCGCCCUUCCAGCUGGUGGAGCACACCUCCCUGCACAAGACACACACCAUCUUCUCGCUGCUGGGCCUGGAGCACGCGUAUGUCACCAGCAUCGGGCGCUUGGUGGGCAUGGUGUCCCUCAAGGAGCUGCGCAAGGCCAUCGAGGGCUCGCUGACGGCCAAGGGGGUGAAGGUGCGCCCGCCGCUCGCCAGCUUCCGCGACAGCACUGCCAGCGCCGGCGAGCCCGACACCACCGCCCUGCACCAGCUCUGGGACCGCCACCAGCACCACCCCAUGCCCCGCGAGGCCGGUCCCGGGGCCGACGACGACGAUGACGACACCCCCAAGGGCCAGUGAGAUGGGGUCCCCCCCACCACGGCCCACCUUUCCCCCCCCAGGUGCCGCAGGGACCCCCCCCUUCCCCACCCCCGGCGGGUGCCGGGGGAUGCCCGCUCUGUGCCCUCGCAGGGGGGUGGGCACCCUCAAUCCAGUGCCGCUGCCCCUUCCCUGUGCCGGGGGGCUGGCCAGGUGCCCCCCCCCCCCCAGCCUGCCCACGGCCCCCACCUCCCUGCCAGCUCUUGGGGCUUCCCACUUCGCUACCUCUGCUCCCCCCCACUACAGCUCCCAGUGCCCCCCAGCAUUGCCAUCACCCUCACCCCCCCCACCCCACCGGCACCACAGUGGCACUGCUUGGGGUGGCACGGGGGGGGGUGGAGGGGUGUCAGGUCGGGGUAGGCACUGCCCCCCCCCCCCCCCCCCCAUGGCUGAGAACCACCUCUCCACUAUGCACCCCUCCCCGUGUAAAUACAGAGAUUUUUAUAUUAAUUUAAUAAAAUGACUUUAUAAACAGA